CCCCCUCCUGCACCUGUACGAGAUGGGCAAGCAGGUGGCCACCGGCGGCCCCGAGGGCGUUUGGAAGAUCUACGAGGGCCACAGGAAGAGCGACGGCAAGGAGGUGUCCAUCUUCGUGUUCGAGAAGAAGAGCGCCGAGAAGCUGUACAAGCCAAAGCGGCGCGAGGCGGUGACUGAGCUGCUGCGAGCCGGGAUCCGACAGCUAGAGAGGCUACGUCACCCGCGUAUCCUGCAGGUGAUGCACCCGGUGGAGGAGUGCGCAGAGACGCUGUCGUUCGCCUCCGAGCCCGUCCUGGUCUGCCUCGCCAAUGUGCUGACGCCGGCAACCGAGACCGACCGGCCUGACAACGCCGGCUUCGCCAAGGACUACAACUUUCUUGACGUCGAGCUCAAGUAUGGCAUCCUACAGAUCACGGAGGCGCUGUCGUUCCUGCACUACACGGCACACGUCGUCCAUCGGAAUGUCUGUCCGAGCAGCGUGUUCGUCACCAAGAAGGGCACCUGGAAACUGGCCGGGCUCGAGUUCGCAGAGAAGAUGGGCGAGCAUGACGGCGUGGAGAGCGUACCCUGCCAGCCGUGGUCCUCCCGGCUGCCCAAGAUGACGCAGCCCGACCUCGACUUCAUAGCGCCCGAAGUUCAGACCACCUCGCAGUGCAGUCUGCUCAGCGACAUGUUCUCGCUGGGCAUGGUCAUCUGCGCCGUCUUCAACAAGGGCAAGUCGCUGAUCGAGGCCAACCACAGCAACACCACCUACAUGAAGCAGUUCGAGCUGCUGAGCGAGCAGUUGAAGAACGUGUUGGGUCUGAUCCCGGUGGCGCUACAGGAAGCAGUUGUGCGUCUGCUGAACAGGGACCCGCGCCAGCGGCCCACCGCCCAACUGCUGUCGCUCAUCAAGUACUUCAGUGAUCCUGCAGUACAUGCUCUGCAGUUUCUGGACGUUAUCAACAUGAAGGACCCCAGCCAGAAGUCCAACUUCUUCCGCAUUACGCUGCCAGAAGUGUUGCCGUAUAUACCACGCAAACUGUGGUUUCAACACGUCUGGCCUUGCUUGCGGGAGGAGAUGCUGGCGCAGGAGGUGCUGGCGGCCGUGCUGCAGCCCAUCCUCAAUAUCAUCAGCGAAAUCAGUCAGGAGGAGUACGAAACUAUCAUCCUGCCUCGCUUCAGAUGCAUAUUCUCAUGGCCCAAAUCGAUCCAGGCGUCAGUGACGCUGCUGGAGAAUCUUCACGUCAUUCUGGAGAAGACGCCCAAGGACGAGAUCCAAACGGACGUCAUGCCCAUAAUCUAUAAUGCCCUGGAUACCACUACCGCUCAGAUUCAGCGGGCCUGCCUCAUGGCCAUCCCGAACGUGGCCGAGUACAUCGAUGAGGAGUCGGCUCGCAAGCUGGUGUUUCCCCGAGCCAAGGCAAUCUACGAGAAGAACUCCUCCGACUUGCUGAUCACGUUGUACAUGCUGAUGGCAGUGGAAAGGGUGAUGGACAAGCUGGAGCGACGCAUGAUCCUGGAGGAACUGCUGCCUCUGCUGUGGGACAACAAGCUGCAGGAUCCUGAUGUGAUACAGGCAACAGUCAAUAUCUACAGAGUGAUGCUGACUGAUAGCAAGAAGUACGGCUUGAGCGUCAACCUGAUGGCCACGCGAGUGAUGCCGUCGCUGCUGCCUCUGACGCUGAACGCUGCGCUGCACCUAGACCAGUUCACCAGCCUGCUGGAGCUGCUGCAAGAGAUGCUGGAUACCAUCGACCGGAACCAGCGGAACAAGCUGAAGCUGGACGAUCUGGUGCUGGCGUCGCCGGAGCACCGGCGGCCGUCGGCGGUGUCGCUGCGUCACCACAACUCGUCCGACUACAUGGCCGCCUCCCCGCCUGCCUUCCACAUCCCCAACCUGCGCGUGGAGCACCGGCGCAAGACCAAUAGCGCCGAGGACUGCAGCCGCAAGAGCUCCGGCUCGGCCGGCUCUUGUCCAUCUUCACCGGACAGCAACCGCCUGCGGGUGCACUCGGCGCUGAUCGGGCGGAGGCUGUCCGACAACGAGCUGCUGAACCCGCCCAAGAUCCGCGUCGGCUCGUACUCGUGCGGCUCGUCCACGAGCGACCUGCGCGUGGGCUUGCUGCCCAUCCGACGCCACUCGAGCACGUGCUCCAACGAGCGCCGGAACUCCAUGUUCAACCUGUCGCCGGCCACGCUGAGCCAUCGUUACGGCCUGAGUGGCUCGGUGCCCAACACCAGUCUGCUGACGCCCUCCGGCGGCUCCAUGGGGCGGAGGAAGUCGGCCGUCGGGUCGGCUCUCGGCGUCGGUGGCCUGUCUGGCUCGCUCAAGCAGAGGCGCAGCUCCUGCGUGGCACCCAGCAGCGCCGGCGCCGGUCUUCUGCAGCAGCUCAGCACCGGUGUGACUCAGCUGUUCAGCGGGAAGUGAGGCGCUGGAGCGGAACGGCAUCGACGCCGCCGACACCGGCCGGAGCUCGUGCUGCCAGUGUGACGCCUGGCGGCGACCCGCCGGCCGCCUGCCGGUGUCGGCCGUCUGGCGUCGGGCCCCGCCAUGAAAGCGCUCAGCACUGCUCCGCUAUGCACGCCGUGCGCUCCGGACGAUAGUGGCUGGUGCGGCCCGGCGGGCCCGGGACGAGACCGGUACUCUGGAGCACGCCGUGGAGUCAGGCGCGCUCCCCUCCCCUCGCGUCGGUCGCAUCAGCCGAUCUGGCGCGUGAGCGCGGCCGGUGAUGUGUCUCCCCACCCUCCGACCGUGCGGGAGAGAGCGCAAGGCCGGCCCGGCUCCGGCCGGCGCGGCAGCAGCUCCUCUGAUCCCUCCCCUCCCCAGUAGGCCCGAACGUGCACUCCGCGCCGCUCCCGCCACCCGUGCCACCGGAGCCGGCGGCCAUGACCGCUGUGAUAUGGUUUUCGAGCGCAGCCCCGGGCGGUGCUCCUCGGGAGCCGGCACCCCCGGCGGUGAACUCCUGGCCCAGCCGUGUGCGGCCCGGUGCCGCCGGUGGACCGGAGCCCGCGCUUAAAAUGGUCGUGACGGCGUGGUCGCAGUUCGACGUGAUCUUUCUCGAUCUUGAUUAUCGAGGUGGAGUUGGUGUUAGUUAUUCAAAGAGACGUCGCGUGCUGAACAUUGCAUUUGGCCAUGAACGCGGGGAGAUAAAUUGGGAGUCAGGAUGGCGCUUGAGGCCGGGAAUAACUCGUUUAUCAUACGCCAGCGCAGACCAUCGUUUUAAAUUGAUUCCCGCAGCGACCGCCGUGCAAAACAGAUAGCCAACGCAUUCUGAAGCGCGAUUAGGCAGGGAAAUCUCAGAUUACAAGAUGCGUCUGUUCGGGGACAUCUCAUUUUGCAUAUCAAUAGCAAAGUGUGAUCCGAAUGAUGCCGCCGCCCGCGUUGCCCCGGGUGGAUGUCUGCUGCGGCGCUGAGGAAGUGUGCCACCAUAUCAGCCCGGCGGGCUCCGGGGACUGGGACGGAGACUCGCCACUCCAGACCGCUUGCCGCCCGAGCGUCACAGCGUCGGCUGGCCGCCCGCUGUGUCAGGUGUGAUGCGCCGCGUGGAUCAGAGACAGCACGUGGCUGGUGCGUUCAUCACGUCACUCCCGGGCCGCUGUGUCAGGUGUGACACGCCGUUGUGACUGGUGCGCUCACUCUGAGACGGACACGUCACUCCCUGGCCGCUGUACCCGAUGUGACACGCCGUGCGGAGCAGGGACAGCAUGUGACCAGUGAGCCCACUACAUCACUUAUCGACCGCUGUACCCGGUGUGACGCGCCGUGUGUAGCAGGGACAGCACGUGAUUAGUGAGCUCACUACGUCACUUCCCGACCGCUGUACCCGGUGUGACGCGCCGUGUGUAGCAGGGACAGCAUGUGACUAGUGAGCUCACUACAUCACUUCCCGACCGCUGUACCCGGCGCGACGCGCCGUGUGUAGCAGGGACAG